UGUACUAUCUUUUGUGUAACUUGCACGGAAUCUUCCGUCGUCGCACAAUCGUGAAUCCUCGCCGUCGACCGCUCUGUUUCAUCGCCAUCUCGAUCUCCUCUAUCUUUAGGGUUCAAUUUCCUUCUCCUCUAGUGUGAGUAAGUGAAAGAAAGCUCAGAAUUUAUAGCUAACAAACUGCAAGGGUGCAGUGAUUGAUAGAAGGAAUGAGGAUUAUUGGCCUGACUGGUGGAAUAGCAAGUGGCAAGAGCACCGUUUCCAAUUUAUUCAAGUCUCAUGGCAUCCCCAUUGUCGAUGCUGAUGUAGUUGCUCGCGAGGCACUGAAGAAAGGGAGCGGUGGAUGGAAAAAAGUCGUUGCGGCAUUUGGGGAAGAAAUUCUACUAGAUAAUGGGGAAGUUAACAGACCCAAACUUGGCCAAAUUGUUUUUGCCGAUCCUGAUAAGCGUCAAUUUCUCAAUCGAUUGUUGGCUCCGUAUAUAUCCUCGGGGAUCUUCUGGGAAGUUCUGAAGUUGUGGUUGAAAGGAUACAAGGUCAUUGUUCUCGAUAUCCCUUUGUUAUUUGAGGCGAAGAUGGACAGGUUCACGAAGCCCAUUAUUGUUGUGUGGGUUGAUCCUGAAACACAGAUUCAGAGACUCUUGGCGAGAGACAAGUCUAGUGAAGAGGAUGGUCGGAACAGGGUUAAUGCUCAGAUGCUGCUGGAUGUUAAAAGGAGUAAAGCUGAUAUAGUAAUAGACAACACCGGUUCACUAGAUGACUUGAACGAACAGUUUCAGAAGGUUUUGGUUCGGGUCACUGGACCCUUGACAUGGUAUGAGUUUUGGCUUUCUAGGCAGGGAGUCUUGAUCACUCUUGCUUCACUUACCUCAGGUGUUAUUCUAUGUAUGAAGUCAUUUAACAACAACAGUUCAUAGCCACUUGCCUAUAUUGUGUUUGGCUACUCCAUAAUUUUGACAAGGACUUAUACUGUCUUAGUCGUUGGCAUUUGCCUCUUUGGAUGGUAGACUAGAUAGGAAUAUUGAUAAUGGUAAUCAAAGGUCAUUUGUCCGUAUACCUGUUAAAACCAUUGGCUUGCACUAAGUGGAAGAUAACCUGGUAUCCAUUAUCAUAUCGUGCAGUAUUGACAUUGAAUGUUGCUGCUAUAUGAUUUGCCAAAAGACUCGAUAACAUUUACUAAUAUUCUAUUUCUAAUUAUCGAUAGUUUGAAGUGCAACUCCUACCUUCAGUCAUAAUCCAUUGUUUUAUUAUUAAUUAAUAUUUUUCGAGGCA